GUCUGAUCCCAUGUGGGGAGGGACAGAGGCAUCAUCUGCCAGCAUGGAGAGCAAUGGGCUCUACGCUGCAGUUCAGGCACCAGCUGACAUGGGGGGCUGCAGCAGAGAGCCGGCUGGAUCGGGGGGCGAAGCUCAGUGCAGCAUGUCCUCAGGGGCCCCGGCGGUAAAUUCUGCCUCUGAUCCACCAGGAGGAGGAGAGGGGACACAAUGGAUAAGCAAGCAGAGGUCACUGAGAGUGGUGUACGUUCUGAUUGACAGCCUGAAAUCAGCCAUGGGGGGCAGCCCCGAAUCUGGAGCCCUGCACUGCCUUCGCCGAGCUUGUGAGAAUGAGGAGGCGCAGCUUACCUGUGUCAACUUUGGGGAGCUGGACUUUGGGGAGACCGCGGUGCUGGACGCCUUCUACGACGCAGAUGUUGCUGUGGUGGACAUGAGCGAUGUAGGAAGACAACCCUCUCUUUUUUACCAUCUUGGAGUUCGAGAAAGUUUUGACAUGGCAAAUAAUGUUAUUAUUUAUCAUGAUACAGACCCUGAUACAUCUUUAUCCCUUAAGGAUAUGGUGGCUCAGAAGAACACUGCCUCUAGUGGUAACUAUUACUUCAUUUCAUACAUCGUGACACCCUGUGGAGACUACUUUUGCUGUGAGAGUGAUGCCCAGCGGAGGGCCUCCGAGUACAUGCAGCCAAACUGGGACAACCUCUUAGGACCAUUAUGUGCCCCUCUAAGUGAUAGAUUCAUUAGUUUGCUGAAAGACAUACAUAUUACUUCAUGUGCAUACUACAAGGAAACGCUGCUGAAUGACAUCAGAAAGGCCAGAGAUAAGUAUCAAGGAGAUGAACUUGCUAAAGAGCUGACUCGUAUAAAAUUACGAAUGGAUAACACAGAAGUCCUGACUUCAGAUAUUGUAAUCAACCUGCUCCUCUCAUACCGAGACAUCCAGGAUUAUGACGCCAUGGUCAGGCUUGUGGAAACACUAGAAAUGCUGCCAACCUGUGACUUGGCAGAUCAGCACAAUAUAAAGUUUCAUUAUGCCUUUGCUCUCAAUCGACGGAAUAACCCAGGAGAUCGUGAAAAAGCUCUUCAUGUGAUGCUUCAGGUGCUACAAGCCUGUGAUCAUCCAGCCCCUGACAUGUUCUGUCUGUGUGGACGGAUAUACAAGGACAUGUUUUUGGAUUCUGACUGUAAAGAUAUGAAGAGCAGAGGCAGUGCCUUAGAAUGGUAUCGCAAAGGUUUUGAACUCCAGCCAUCCUUGUAUUCUGGAAUUAAUCUCGCUGUUUUACUUAUUGUUGCCGGGCAGCAGUUUGAAACAUCUAUAGAACUACGGAAAAUAGGUGUUCGCUUGAAUAGUCUUUUGGGAAGAAAGGGCAGUUUGGAAAAAAUGAACAAUUACUGGGAUGUAGGUCAGUUCUUCAUUGUGACCAUGCUGGCCAGCGACAUUGGAAAAGCUGUACAGGCCGCCGAACGCCUUUUCAAGCUGAAGCCCCCUGUCUGGUACCUAAGAUCCGUGGUACAAAAUCUGCUUCUUAUACAACAAUUCAAGAAGCUCAACACAGAACAUUCCCCAAGGCAAGAGAGGCUGAAUUUCUGGAUGGACAUAAUUGUCGAGGCAACAAAAGAGUCUACAAAUGGGCUGAGAUUUCCGGUUCUUGUCUUGGAGCCUACAAAGGUUUAUCAGCCCUCAUAUGUCUCUAUAAACAAGGAGGCUGAUGAGAGAACAGUUUCACUAUGGCACGUGUCUCCUGUGGAAAUGAAAGGGAUUCACGAGUGGAACUUCACUGCUUCUUCCGUAAGGGGUAUAAGCAUAUCAAAGUUUGAUGAACGAUGUUGCUUUCUUUAUGUUCAUGACAAUUCAGAUGAUUUUCAGAUCUACUUUUCCACUGAGGAUCAGUGUAAUAGGUUUUGUAGUCUUGUUAAAGAGAUCAUCACGGAUGUUGUAGGCAGUACUGUAGAGUUGGAGGGUGAGGCAGAUGGAGAUACAUUAGAGUAUGAAUAUGACUAUGAUGAAAAUGGGGAUAGAGUAAUCCUUGGCCGAGGUACUUAUGGAGUAGUAUAUGCAGGGAGAGAUCUCAGCAAUCAAGUCCGUAUUGCAAUCAAAGAGAUACCAGAGAGAGACAACAGAUAUUCCCAACCACUUCAUGAAGAAAUUGCGCUUCACAAGUAUCUGAAACACCGCAAUAUAGUUCAGUAUCUGGGCUCUGUUUCUGAAGAUGGAUACAUCAAAAUAUUUAUGGAACAAGUCCCAGGAGGUAGUCUUUCAGUUCUCCUGAGAUCUAAAUGGGGUCCUAUGAAGGAACCGACCAUAAAAUUUUACACAAAGCAGGUCUUGGAAGGGUUAAAGUAUCUACAUGAGAAUCAGAUUGUACACCGAGAUAUAAAGGGUGAUAAUGUGCUGGUGAACACAUACAGUGGAGUGGUGAAAAUAUCAGAUUUUGGUACAUCUAAGCGACUUGCUGGAGUUAACCCAUGUACAGAGACUUUUACUGGAACAUUACAAUACAUGGCACCGGAGAUUAUAGAUAAAGGGCCCAGAGGAUACGGAGCUCCUGCUGAUAUUUGGUCUCUUGGCUGUACAAUCAUUGAAAUGGCAACUGGAAGGCCCCCAUUCCAUGAGCUGGGGGAACCCCAGGCUGCAAUGUUUAAGGUUGGCAUGUUUAAAAUCCACCCAGAAAUUCCUGAGUCCCUGUCUGGAGAAGCCAGAGCCUUCAUAUUGCUAUGUUUUGAGCCUGAUCCAGUAAAGCGUGCCACGGUUGCAGACUUGCUCAGAGACUUCUUCCUCAAACAAGCCAAUAAAGGCAAGAAAAGUAAAAUUGCCUAUAAGCCCUCAGAUUACAGCCGCAGCACAUCUCUACCAAUACCAGUGCCAGGGGAGCUAGCAGGUAGCAGCAGCAGUGAACAUGGAUCAGUAUCGCCCGACUCUGAUGCAAAGCAUGACAUAUUCUUUGAUAAGGCAAAAAGAUCCAUUUCUGAAACUCCUUCUAGCAAAGCCCCAACUACCAAUAUACUAAGUGUGCCGGAUGAUGGGUCAGCGUCAGAAGAUAGAAGUACUCCUCCAUCUCCAGAUGAGAGGGACUCUGGAUUGUUCCUUCUGAGAAAGGACAGUGAACGCCGUGCUAUACUUUACAAAAUCCUGAAGGAAGAGCAGAAUAAAGUCUCAUCAAAUCUGCAGGAAUGUCUCAAUCAGAGCUCAGAAGAUGUGCAGCUCUCAGACACCCACAUCAAACAGAUUAUCAGUAUUCUGAGAGACUUCAUCCGCUCCCCAGAGCACAGGGUCAUGGCCUCCACAAUCUCCAAACUAAAAGUGGACUUGGACUUUGACAGCACGUCUAUCAAUCAAAUCCAAUUGGCCUUGUUUGGGUUUCAAGAUGCAGUUAAUAAAGUCUUAAGGAAUCACUUGAUCCGGCCACACUGGAUGUUUGCUAUGGAUAAUAUCAUUCGUCGGGCAGUGCAGGCAGCUGUCACCAUUCUCAUUCCUGAGCUCAGAACACAUUUGGGACCAGUGUCCGAGAGUGAAGGAGUGGACAAGGAAGUAGAAGAUGAAGAAUACCCACUGGUACAACAGAACAACACAGAGGAGGUUGUCCAUACAUCAGAGGUCAGCACCAUCAGCUCGGUGGUUUCACAUGACAUCCAAAGCCAACAUUUAAACCUCCAGCUUGGAAAACUCAGACAAGAGACCAACAGGUUAUUAGAAGACCUGAUACAGAAGGAACGCGAAUACCAGUUUCUGUUAAAACAAUGUCUGGAACAAAGGGGUCAUGACUUGCAUUUACUCCAGAUAAAAUCAAGCAUGGAUAACCCCAGAUCUGCAUCGUAUGUAUCAAUUGGCAUGAACAAAGACCAAGAGCUGGUGGAAUGGCUGAGGCAGCAAGGUGCAGCUGAUGAUGUGAUUGAACAGUUUGUGGAAGAAGACUACACCCUUUAUGAUGUUCUGCAUGAUAUCACCAAAGAAGACCUGAAAACCCUUCGACUCAGGGGUGGAUCUUUGUGCCGGUUAUGGAAAGCUAUCUCCAAAUACAGAAAGCCAAAUAAGAUUGAAGCCAACUAUUAACCAUAUAAAUACUUUGAUGCAGUGAGCUACCUAAACUGUACAUUAUAGAGAGAAAAACAUUCCAGCGUUAAGUUAUUUAUCUUUUGUAUAUCACUUGUAUAGCUGCUCCUCCACUUUGAAUGUUUUUCUUACAAGUAGAUGUAUUUCAAUUCUUUGUACUGUAACAUGAAAAUAUCACAUAGGAAGUUUCUAUCGUUCUGAUGAAAAGACCGUCGAAUGUUUGUCAUUCUGGAUUUUGAAAAGAGGUUUUUGUAAAUGAAUGUAAAAUGUGUAGU